GUUGCCUGAUUGAUUUUUUUCCCAUUUGCUGCGCCGCUGCAAGAACACCAUAAUUUGUCAUUAAUGGUCGAAUAAUUCAGCAAGAUUUCCGACGGAGUCUGAGUUGCUUGAGAAGAUUCAAACAUGGAGUUCCAGGCGGUGAUCAUGGCCGCUGGCCGAGGGUCCAGGAUGACAGACCUAUCAAACAACAUCCCCAAGGCACUUCUCCCGAUCGGCAACCACCCUAUGAUUUGGUAUCCGAUAAAUAUGCUGGAGAAGGCUGGCUUUGAAAGGGUGAUCAUCAUCACACUGGAAUCUUUUGGGAAGGAUUUACGACAGAAGUUGAAAUCAUGUGGCGAGACCAAGCUGGAGCUGGACAUUGUUACCAUCCCCAAUGAUGAAGAUUGGGGGACGGCUGAAUCUCUGAGGCACAUUAGAGAUAAAAUCAAGACAGAUGUCCUCGUGAUAAGUAGUGACCUCAUCACGGACAUAGAGCUACACCUUCUGGCUGAUAUCCACAGGAAGUACGACUCCACCAUCACAACGCUACUCUAUCAACAACCAGAUCAAGGACUUGAAGGAAUUACAGUACCGGGGACCAGGAGCAAGAAAAAAUCAGAUCAAAGAGAUAUCAUAGGAUUAGAUGAGAAAGGACAACGGAUGCUCCUGAUGACUGCAGAAGCUGAUGUAGAAGUUUCUCUGGGACUCAAGAUGUCAUUGCUUAGAAAGUUUCCCUGUAUACAAUUUGAGACAAGGCUGUUAGAUGCUCAUAUGUAUUUCUUAAAGAAAUGGGUUGUUGAUUUCCUUGCUGAUUCUAAACAAGGAAGGAACCUAACAACUUUGAAAGGAGAAGUACUGCCAUAUCUUGUCAAGAAACAGUUCUCAAAAUUAUCUCACAUAAGUAAGGCAGAGGAUAAAGAAAGUGCAAUCAUAGAUGUCAAGCAGGAUGGGCAGUUAGAUUUAUCCCAGUACCUUCCUUACGAUGAGCUGAGUAAAAAGGUCUUAGAGAUGUCACCUUGGAAUGAGCACAAGGGCGAGAUGUCCAGGGUCUAUCAGAAGGGUGACAGUCUUCGCUGCUACACCUACAUCGCUUCCAGCGGAACCUGCCUCAGGGCAAACAAUGUGGCUGCUUACUGUGAGGCGAACAGACAGGUGACAUCCCAGAAGCACCUUCUAGGUGAUGAACCUCUUGUACAUCCAUCAGUCAGUAAAAGCAAAUCUUCAGGGGAUCUGAAAUCACACUCUUCAAUUGGUAAAGACUGCAUGGUGGGGGAGAGGUCAAGCAUAGGAGAUCAGGUGUCUGUUAAGAGAUCUAUUAUUGGACGGCAUUGUACCAUCGGAGAUAAGGUCAAGAUAAACAACUCUGUCAUCAUGGACCAUGUGACCAUCAAGGAAGGGUGUGUUAUACAAGGAAGCAUCUUGUGCCCUAAUGCCCAUAUUCUCCAGAAUGUUGAUUUAAAGGACAGCAUAGUAGGAACAUCCCAGAACGUCGUGGAAGGUGCAUCCUACAAUGGAGAAGUGAUAGGAGAGGGUGACAUGAUGAUGGAGAUUUGAUGCAUCCCAUCGGAUCAGGAAUAUCUAUCACAAGGUGGAGCCAGAGAACAUGAUAUGGGGUAGAAUGACCAUUUCAAAAGAAAUGAAACUGCAUGAUCAGCCUUUGCAAAAAAAUAUAUGCUCCUUGAGAGAUUAGGCUACAUAACUCUCCCUAGAAGAUGUGCUCUCCAUCAGAAAUCAGAAUGCAUAACCUCUGUAGGAUCACAGCUAGGGAAAGAUCAGGCUGCAUGAUCUGCUCUGGGGGAAAUACGCUUUACAAGAGGUUCUGCCGUGUAAGAUGUGCUCCUCACAAGAAAUCAGGAUGCAUGAUCGGUCUAGGAUCACAGCCCAGGAAAAGUCAGGCUGCAUGAUCUGCCUCUGGAGGAAAUUCACUUCUCAAAGAGAUUAGGCUACGCUACUGUCCCUAGGAGAUGUUAUCUAGGAGGAAUGAGGCUUCACCAUUUGCCUAUUUAGGACUUAGUCAGUUUCUUGGAGAGAUGAGAUCGGGCUGCAUGAUCUGCCUCUGAUGGAAAUGCGUUUUCAAGGAGGAAUGGUUGUUCUUUUUCAGAUGUAACCAGUGUCUUGAGGCUGAAUGGUCUAUUUCUGUGAAUAAAUCAUGCUUCCUGUGAUAAGCCUGUAGCAUCGUCUUUCUCUAAAGAUGUUCACUCUUGGGUCCUUUUUCACUAUCUGCCAUACAGUGGAAACUUAACCGAAAUACUUGUUUCUGAUUGGCUGGAGGACAAAGUUUCCCUGAUAUUGAUUUUUGUGAUGAUGGGGCCCAAGAGAAAUUCUACUUUAAAAAGCUAAAUCUUAGAUGAGGAUGUUUUCCAGAAUUUCCUUGACCUUCACAUGUUGGAAUAUGUACCUGAUAGAUAUUUUUGUUUCAAUAUUAGUUUUCAAAUUGCUUUUUAAAUUCAAGAUCAUGAAUACAUUGGUUUCCCCGCGGAUUCAAUGCCCAGUCCCUUUCUUAUAAAUAUCAUCUCCCGUCAACUGUGCAUACAGAAAGUCAAAUGCUUAAGACCUAAUGGGAUCA